UAAACCAUCAGAGUUCCAAAACCUUUGAAUCCAUCCAGCAUGAUGCACCCAAUCUCUGCCGCUGCCUGCUUUCUCUUGCUUGGUUUAUCAGUGUGUUACAGGCUGCCUUUUUCAGAUGAAGACGACAGUGAUGAGUUCACAAAGGAAGAUCUUACAUUUGCAGAGCGCUACCUAAAGGCUCAUUACAAUCUCCAGUCCAAUCCUUCGGGCCUGCUGAAGAAGUCUGCCAAUUCAUUGGCAUCCAAACUUCGAGAGAUGCAAGCGUUCUUUGGACUGGAGGUGACGGGCAAGCUUGACGAAGAAACCUUUGAGCUGAUGCAAGAGCCGAGGUGUGGCGUCCCUGAUGUGGGGGAAUACAAUUUCUUUCCUCGAAAUCUGAAGUGGUCCCACACUAAUUUAACAUACAGGAUUGUAAAUUACACCCCAGAUCUGACCAAGGCUGAAGUGGACAAAGCGUUCAAAAAGGCUUUCAAAGUGUGGUCUGAUGUGACACCCCUCAACUUCACCAGAAUCCGCAGUGGCACUGCUGACAUCAUGAUCUCCUUUGGAAGGCGAGAGCACGGUGACUUCUAUCCCUUUGAUGGACCUUCUGGAUUACUGGCUCAUGCUUUCCCUCCAGGACCAAAAGUUGGAGGAGAUGCUCAUUUUGAUGAAGAUGAACUCUGGUCAACAGAUUCUAAAGGCUACAACCUGUUCCUUGUUGCUGCCCAUGAAUUUGGCCAUUCCUUGGGACUUGAGCAUUCCAGAGACCCAGGAGCUCUGAUGUACCCCGUGUACACCUACACAGGCAACACUGGCUUUGUACUUCCAGAUGAUGAUGUACAAGGAAUUCAGACUCUCUAUGGUAAAGGAGACCAUGAUCCUCACCCUGAUCACCCCAAAACACCUGAGAAAUGUGAUGCAAAUUUGGCUCUGGAUGCAAUAACUGAACUUCGAGGAGAAACAAUGAUCUUCAAGGACAGAUUCUUCUGGCGCAUGCAUCCUCAGAUGAUUGAGGCAGAGUUGGUACAAAUUAAAUCAUUUUGGCCGGAAAUGCCAGCCAAGAUUGAUGCUGCCUAUGAGCACCCUGUCGAUGACCACGUGCUGCUUUUUAGGGGCAGGAGAUUCUGGGCAUUGAAGGGAUACGACAUAGUAGAAGGCUAUCCCAAAAAACUUUCAGAAUUGGGAUUCCCAAGGUCCGUGAAGACAAUAGAUGCAGCUGUCCAUAUCAGCGACACCGGCAAAACUCUCUUUUUCACUGGUGAAAAAUACUGGAGGUAUGAUGAACAAAACCAAGUUAUGGACAAAGGCUACCCUAGAAUAACAGAGGAAGACUUUCCAGGGAUUGGCAACCGAGUAGAUGCAGCCUACCAGAAAAAUGGUUAUAUAUAUUUUUUCAGUGGACCACUACAGUUUGAAUACAGCAUCUGGAGUGAAAGACUUACUCGGGUCAUGAACACAAAUUCAAUUUUCUACUGCUGA